AGUUAAUUCAUUUUUUGUUUAUUUCUUUUAUUUCAACACACAUACUAUUAUUUUUUUGUACAAAAUUUAUUUAUCGCUAUGCAUAUCACCCGCCUACCAUUAAUUGUGACGGAAAAAAUACUCCAAGAAGCCGCCCGCACACACUCGAACAAAUCAUAUCUCUGGAAAAACAAACUUUACCUCCUAGCAGUUUGCCACGAGUGGAGAAACAUAGCGUCGGGCAUUGUAUACAGAAACGCAUUUGUCGAGGGAAUUGUUAAAUACGACAGUAAUCACGAGGAGAAUCCAAAUAACGUCACGUUUUCAGCAAACAUCGACCUGAUUACAUCGCUCGACAAGACACACUAUGUCAGAGAAGUGGCUGUGUGCUUAGACGCGAUAAAAUUUAUUGUGCCGUUUGUUCAGCAGAUAGACAGUCUUUUCCAGUUUUACGCAAGCUCCUGGCUGGGCGUCAGCUCAUUAAGACUCGACCUGUACUCGGUCAUCGGUGACACGGACAAUGAGAGCGAUGGCGAUGAAGAUGACAAUGCCGAUGAUAUUAUUGACAACAAUGAAUAUGGGAACAAGGUAGUAAUGCAGGGAGGCAAGCAAAUUUACGUGGAGGAGCUUGUCAGCACGAUUGUUUUGAACAUGCCCAACGUCAAACGACUGAUUCUCGAUUCUGACGGCGACCUUGUAAACCUGAGCAAAACGGCCAAAUCUACAUUGUUUGGAGCCUACAGCACAAACCUGAAGCAUCUCAGCAGCAGGUACUCUUUGCCGCAAAACAUUAGUAGGUUUUCAAGGGAUUUGACGCACUUGGAGGUCAAAAUUAACCAGAGUUCGCUGCGCCUGCUGCCACAAGUGCACGCCAGGUCGCUACAGACGCUCAUAUUGGAGGAUGUGCCGUUGAAUUUUUCGUGGAAGUAUUUUCAGCAAAACGAUUCAAACAACCCAGGGCACAUCAACUUUUCCAGCCUGACACAGCUGGACAUGCAGUUUGAGUACAUAUUUGAGGGAUUCGAGUACGAGGAGGGCGCACCAAGGCUCAGCCAACCAAAAAACGGCAGCAGUCAAGCGGCUAAAUUCACGGUGCUGUUCCCCAAGCUGGAGAAUCUAAGCAUAUCGCAUUACUCUGAGAUGCUGAGCUGUCGUUCGAAGCGACGUACCCCAGGCACAUGAAAAGUGUUCUUUUGAAGAGCUCGGUUGUGCCGCCCAAUGUGUUUAUAAAAUCUGGCAUCUGCUCAAUCGACAAGCUGGAAGUGAUUAUGCUCAAUGUACAGCCCGAGUACACAGACAGCUUCUACAGCCUGACCAAGCACCUGUUCAGCAAUAUCACGCUUAGGGACU